AUGUCGUCUUCGGGAAGGUGCGUGGGGGAGAUGAGAAGGCGCCCCAAACACCUCCUCCCCCAUGCUCUCUUCGUCGCACAGCCCUAUCACCGCUACGUGGGUAUCGCUUCUCGUCUCAGCAUCCACACCCCCUUCCCCCACCUUAACUCCCCUUCCGCCCACUUCCUCUCCCCCGUUGCCCCCGACGCGCGUGUCACCCCAUACCGGAGAUCUCACCAGCCGUAUCUGACGCGGCAGGUGGUUGUUGAGAAAUCUCAAACCCCUUCCCUCUCCCUCUCCCUCUCCCUCUCCCUCUCCCUCUCCCCCUGCCUCUCCCUCUGCCUCCCCCCGCGCGCGCCUCUUCUCCCGCAGGAGUCCUGUGUGGAGCUAUUGGAGGGAAGACCGGGAAGUGAGGGCCCACCGGCAUGGGCGGUGGGAGGAGGAGGGGCCUGGGGGCUGGACGCUGUGGUGGGAGAACAGCUAGUGCUGGAGUGGGGUUGCCUGAGGGUUAGAUUCGUCGCUCUGCGACACGUGGCGCUUUCUGAUAGGCCGCGGCCGCUGCAGUCCUUUGCGCCCCGGGAGCUUGGGCGGUUGCUGGCAGUACACCCAUUAGGCAGGGCGGUGGCAGUGGCGGCAAUGGAAGGGCGAGUGGCGGUGCUGCCAGUGCUGCACUCACACACGUGCGAUAGGCUCAUUGCCAAGCCCAUUGUGUACCCCUCGUCCGCCUCCACCUCUUCUCUACCCGCCUCCCCUGUCACCAUACCAUCAGCAGCACUUCGAACCACUCCGACUGCCACUCCCACGCACACGCACACACCACAGCACUCCUCCUCUCCCUUCUCCCAUCUCCUCCGCAACCGGCCGCCAACCGUCACCCUCGGCACCAUCUGGAGCAUCGCCUUUGUCACCUCCGCACCACUCCGCACCGCUUCACACCGCCCCGCCCCUGCCGCCACCGCUUCUGGUGGUGCAGGGGAUACUGCCACCAAUCCAGUUGCUCCAUCCGCUGCUGCUGCUGCCUCUGCUUCUGCUUCUGCUGCUGCCGCUGCUGCUAUUGCCAGCACAGCACCAGGCACAACUCCCCCUGCCGUCUCUCCUGUCUUCCGUGUCCCCACGUCGCUCCCCUCUGCACCACCCCCGCCACUGCUGUACCUCCCCCCACCUGCCAACGUUCCCAUGUCCCCCUGCGCCUCUGCAAUGCAUGCUGCAGCAGCAGCGGCGGCAGCAGGGGACGCCAGUCCUGCUUUGCUCCCUGCUCAAGCCUCCCACCAGCAGCAUCAGCCGCAGCAGCGUCCGCAGCAGCAGCAGCAGCAGCAGCAGCAGCAGGUGGUGAUGGGGGGAAAAGAAGGGUCGGGUCCCCUGUACCUUGCAGUGCUUUCGCACAGAGGGGGAGGGAGAGGAGGAGGAGAGGACGGGGACGAGGAGGGGGAGGAGGGGGAGGAGGGGGAGGAGGGGGCGGAGGAGGGGGCGGAGGAGGCGGAGGAGGCGGAGGGGGAGGAGGCAGCGGUGGUGGGGGAGGGGGAGGGGACGGGGGAACGGGGGGAAGCGGAGGAGGAACGCGAAGCGGCGGUGGGAGAAGUGGGGAAAGAUUCGGGGAGGACGGGAGUAGGGAGGGAGAGGGGAGGAGUGAAGAGGACAGGGGCGAGAGCGAGGGAUGACCUGCGCGCCGCUUCUCGUGUCGUGUCGACCGCUCUCGCCGCCCCCUCGUCCCCCCUCACGCCGUCGCCCUUUGCACGCCUUGCCCACGAUGCCGUCAGGCAUGCUCUACUGCAGGGGCGGCGUUAUGUGGAGGGGAAUGGCGGGAAGGGGUACCUGGGGGAGGUGGUAACUGGCGAGGCAGUAGCUGGGCUGGUCACGGUGGGGGGAGAAUUGAGUGGAAGAGUGGAGGAUACGCAAGUGGGGGAGGUGCGGGACAGGUGGAGGAUUGGAAGGGGUUGGGCUGGGGAGGAAGGAGGGGCGAGUGGGAGUGAGGUGGAGAGGUGUGUGGAGCGGUGCGUGGGGGACGAUGUGGGAAAGGGGGGCUUGAGGUUUUGGGAUAAGACGCAGAGAGCGGGAGGGGUUGAUGAUGGGGAGAGGGGUGUGGGGGGAUGUGCAGGGGGGGAUGGUGAGGGGGCGGAUAGGCAUGAGUGUGAAGGCGAGGGUAUGGUGGGGGGAAGAGAAGUGGAGGGGGAGGACGGAGGGGAGGGGGAGGAAGAAGGAGAGGGAGAAGAAGGGGAAGGGGAGGGCGGCACAGGCGAGGAGCAGGAAAUGGAAGAAGAGAGGGGAGAGAACGAGGGGGAGGGAGAAGAGGAACAGAAGGAGGAGUACGAGGGGGAGAGGGAAUGGGAUGUGCAGCAGGAGCAAAAGGAGGAGGAGGGGGAGGAGGAGGAGGAGGAGGAGGAGGAGGAAGAAGACGAUGGGGAGGGGGAGGAUCCGUUGGGAUUGAGAUUGUUGGAGGAGGAAGGGGGAGGCGAGGAGGGGGUUUUGAUCAGCAGUUGGAGCUGGGAGGUGCAGGCAGGACGAGAGAGGUGGUGCCACAUGAGUCAUGGGCACGGGCACGGGUAUGGGUAUGGGCAUGGGUAUAAAGGGAAGGCGAGAUCUAGGGUUGGCAGGAGGAGGAAAGAAAGUUGUGGUGGUGAGAGCGGGCCAGCGGAUGGGGCCGUGUGGGGGGAGGGCGAUGUGGUGAUGAUGGAGGGUGGGGGAGGCGAAGGGGGCGAGGGGGGCGAGGGGGGCAUCGCCCCGCUAAUAGACUUCACUCUAGCAGAUCUGGGGGGCCAGCAGCAGGACCAGGUGGUAGCAGCGUGCGGGGAGGGGGAGGGCGGGGCGGUGUGUGUGGUGCGGAACGGGGUGAGUGUAGAGCGGUUAUUAUCAACCGCACCGGAGUAUCACGGGGUGACAGGCACGUGGACUGUGCGGGUGCGAGCAGGAGACGAGCACCACUCGCUCUUUGUCAUGUCAUUUGUCUCUCAGACGCGAGUGCUCGCCGUGGGUAAUCGCUUCAGGGAUGUCUCAGACCAAGUCCCUAUGGACCUCUGCUCGCCUACCCUAGCAGCAGGGCGCAUCUUAGACGGUUACCUCGUGCAGGUAACACCUGGACAGGUGCGACUGUGCCGCGUGCCGCAUGCGCUCAUGCGGGGGAGUGAAGGAGGGGAGGGUGGAGGAGAGGAGGAUGGGGAGGCGGGCGCGGGUGAAGGGAUGGAGAUUGGGGUGGAUGGGGGGUGUGGGGGUGGCGCGGAUGGGGGCGAUGGGAGGAGGGAAGGCGGAGUGUCACAUGAUGGGCUGGAGGCCUCCCCCAUCUCUUCCAUGCGCGCACCAGGUGGGGCUUCGGUGCAGGCGUUUCCUCCCCCGCGGGUGUGUCUGGUGGAGGUUUGUCGCUACUCUCUGCAGUAUGAGCUGUCUUGGCAACAUGCGGGAGGGAGAGUUGGUGGCAUGGAUGGGGAGGAGGAUGAGGAUGAGGAGGAGGAGGGUGCGAAACAUGGGGAAUGGGAUGUGGGGAGGGAUGAAGGGAAGGGGAAAGGGAAGGCGGUGGCGGGUGGGGAGCAGCAGCAGCUGCACCAGCAGCAGCAGCAGGGGAGGCAGAGGCGGAGGGAGCAUGGGAACAACAGCAGCAAGCACGAGUUUGUGAUGCUAGGGACGGAGGAGACGGAAGGUUCUGAUACCGGGGGCACACUGUACAUGCUGCGUCUGCAACCCUGCCCACUGCCCUCCUCCUCUGCGCCUCCCACCCGACCCUCUCGCCCAUCCCUCCCUCCCCUGCCUCCUCUCUCCACACCUCUCCUUUCCACACCACCUGUCGCCUCAGCAGCAGCUGCUGCCGCCGCUGCUGCCGCUGCUACUGGCAGCAGGGCAGGGGGAGGCAAUGGUAGUGGCAGGGGGGGAAGGUGGGGUGAGGAGGGGGGAACGGGGGAGAGGCUUGGGGGGCUGAGUGGGGUACUGGAGCGGAUGAGACGGGCAGUGGCUGCUGCUGAGCGGAGGGGAGGGGGAGAGAGCGGGGGAGCAGGGGGAGUGGGGGGAGCGGCUGGAAGGGAGGCAGAGGGGGCAGGUGGGGGAGAAGUGGGCGGUAGCACUGCAAGGGGAAGGAGGGGCGCGGAAGAGGUAGGGGGGCAGGGGGGAGAGGAGACAGGUGGAAUGGAAAGAGGGAGGGAGAGAGUGAUGGGAGGAAGAGAGCAUGGGGCAGGGUGUGGUGAUGACAGGGGGGGAAGCAGUGGGGAGGAGGAGCAGGGACGACCGGCAUCUCUGCCAUCGUGCCGUUCCUGCACAAGUACCUGCUCGUUGCUGCUGGCAACAUGCUACUGUGCUUCUCCUUCUCCCCCAAGGCAUAUCUACGCCGAGUUGCCUCCAUCAGAACCCGCCACGCCAUCCGAUCCCUCUCCGUUGCUCCGCCCGCGCCCCCCCCACACCCCUCUCCCGCCCUCCUCCGGCCCACUUACCUCCUCCUCUGCUGCCGCUUCUGCCACCGCCACUGCCACCACCACUGCCACCACCACUGCCACUGCCACUGCUACUACCACUGCCACGGCCGCCACUGCUGCUGUGCCUGGUCUGCUGGCCGCGCUGUCUGCUUCCGCCCCGCCCACUCACCGCGUUCUGGUGGCGGAUUCCCGGGAUGGUGUGCUGCUGUACGCCUUCCAUGAGGGAGCAGCACGGUUCGAGCUACUACAGUCAGACCCAUCGCACCGCCUCACGUCCGCAUGCCUGCUGCUCUCCUCCCACCCCGCUGCUGCUCUCGCCUGUGACCGUCGAGGCUCCCUCUGCCUCCUCGCCGCGCCACCACCACCCUCUCCUGCUGACCUUGGGUGCACGGGCAACAGUCCAGAGCGGAACCUGCAGGAGAGGGCGUGGUUCUACCUGGGGGAAGGCGUGCAGGGCGUGAAAAAGGUGCGUGAAAAAAUAGCGGACUAUGCCCUGCUGUCGCUCAUAGAGCGUCGUUUGGCAGAGCACCCACUCACAGCACCCCUCCUUGGCAACAACCACGCUCACUUCCGCUCCAAAGGGGCUCCCCCCCAUGUGGUGCGAGUUCUAGACGGCGAUAUGCUGUCUCAGUUCCUGCACCUCUCUCCGCGCCAGCAGCAACACGUGCUCUCAGGCGCCUCUGCAGACGCCGCCGCCUCGUCCCUCCUCGGCCCUGCCUACGCGGCUUCUCUCCCGCCCUCUGCUGCCAGCCUUGGCAGCAGCAGGAGGAAAACCACCAGGAUGGCACGUGUUGCUGCUGGCGGCAGCGGCAGCAGCAGCAACGGGAGCGGGAGCGGGAGCGGGAGUGGGAGUGGGAGCAGUGGUGGGGAGGGCACAGGGGAAUGGCGGUCAUCUGCGCUGCUAGACCUACUAGAAGGCCCCCGAGAGAGAGUGUGGGUGGGUGCCAGGGGAGGCUUGGCUGAGGCAACAGCCAGUGCCGCUGUUGCAGAUGACGGUGCUGCUCGCGAUGCUGGUUUUGUUGGAAACAUGGCUGGGCUGAGUCAAGAAGCACAUACGGCUGUUCACUUGGGCAGUGCUGCUGGUAGGGCUUGGGCAGAUGAGGAGGAAACGGCGCCGCAUGCAUAUCGCACCCUUGCCUUUGCAGAUGCUGAUGCUGUUGCUGGUCGUGAUGCUGACGCUGACAGAGUCGAAAUGGCAGCUACCAAGUCAUUCAUGAAGCAGUGGGUGAAGCCUGAUGUGUACCCCCUCAUUGCCGCCAUUGGCGCAGGCCUGACCUUCAUGGUGUACAGUGGAAGCAGGGCCCUCUUCCAACCUGACGUCUUUGUGAACAAGGCGACCAGGGUGGAUAACGGCGGUGAGAUGUGUUCAGAGAAAGAAGGCAAGGAGUACAAGCAUUCACCACUCCGGGAAUUCGUGAAGACGCAGUAUGACGUCGAGUCGACCGUCAGCCCUCAUGUACCAGCGCGAAAGUGA